AUGAGCGACGAUCAGACUGCACCCCUUACCACGCCAUCUCCGCCGACGGAGACCUUCUUCGAGGAGGCGUACAGGUCGUCUGAUGAUACGGGUGAGAACGGCGACCUCUCACCCGCAGUAUCAUUGCCUUUUGGCGAGCGAAAAGGACAAACUGAUGGCGAGGGGAGGAAUGUGUACGGUGAUCUGGCGAAGGAACGCACCGCGAGUGAGAGCGCACAUGACGUUUUGGCGAUGCCCUACCCCGGAAGGUCGGCGUUCACGGCAGACGGCAAUUGGCCCGGUAUCCAUGAUGGUCCUCCGACCAUCGAUCCUUCCCUCCUGGAGGAAACCUGGGAAACCCUAUUGCAGCGAAGGAUCGCGGCAAUUCGGUCUGCCACCUCGCGGAAGGCGGUGAUCAGCCUGUAUCCCGGCGACCAAAAUCUGAUCAAGGACUGCAUCCGUCAACACUGGGACAACACGCUAGUCUUGAUCGAGACCCUCAAUGCCCGCGACAAUCUUUCUGCCGAGGAGCGGAUAUGGAUCCUGGGGGACGCGCUCAAUACUCGCAGGCUUCGUCUCGCACGGACCGUCACCGAGGAAGCGACAAAGAUGUUCAUGGAGGAGACAUCGUCUGCUGAACCCUCGAAGGAGAAGAUCAUGGCGAUCAAGUUGCCGGCACCCAUACCUCGAGCUCUGAGCCGCCAAGCGUAG